AUCAGUGCAGUGUUACUCUCCUUUGUAUGACAUUAAUGUAGGGAUGUGACUUAAUCCGUGAGUAAUUUCCUCCGGUGCCCCUCUGCGGAGGUACCUUUCCUAUGCAUUCCACGCUUGGCCUCUUCCCUAAUCCGUACUACACACUGCCUCGGGUUUGGUUCCUUUCAGCAAUCCCGGUACACACUGUUUGUUGGUCUCCUUGCAACGACAUCCUGCAUGCUGCUCUACAGUUCAGCCCGAUGACAGCGAAGCAUGGAGCGGUGUGCCAGCAUACUGAAGCCUGAUAUCCCCGCAGUUCUACCGUUUUCACGGAAAUCGAUGCUGCUUUGCGAGCGAAAUCUUGGUCAAAAGUAGCAAAUUCCUGACAAACAUGUGGGGUAUCCCUGCGAUGCGUGACCAUAUUCUCAUGCAUCCAGGAAUUUGCGAAAGCCUACAACCGACUUGGGGUAACCUGAUGAACCCCCUAUAAUGCAAGACGGGGAGCUUCUCACUUGUCGUGAAUGUGCAUGAUAUACCCCCCCCGUGUCAUAGUGGACUUCCCCAUCGACGAGGCAUUCAUCCUUUCAAUAUGGGCAGAGCUCUUGCUCUAUGGAUGUCUUGUGCCGCUCUUCCUGGCCAGCAUAUAUAUCAUGCAUGAGAAGAUCGUGGCUGGUCGCCCGAACUGGCCUAUGCUUGUCGCCGCAAUCGCCAUGUUCGUGCUUGCUACUGCUCAUAUCGCUGUCAAUCUACGCCGCCUGCUUAAUGGAUAUGUGUGGUCUUCUGACGCAGUCGCUUUCUUCAAUGAUUUGGACUCCCCUACGCACGUCGUGAAGGAUACAAUCUACACGACUCAGAGCCUGCUUGGUGAUGCGUUUGCUAUAUUCUCUGGAUACAUUGUCGCCUGGUUGUUUGUGAGGAACAAAGCCGACUUUUCAAUUUUUGAUAAUAACUUGUGGGGCUGGAUUAUCUCGUUCUACACUCUUGCGCUGGUGCAGAAUAUCAUCACCACGGGGCUGAUUGCAUAUGCGAUCUGGAACAGUGACCGGACCAUAACUGCUUUUCGCGCUGCAGGUCGGAGCCUUAUGCCGAUUGUCGGAAUUGUGGUUGAGAGUGCCGUGGCCUACGUCCUAGCGCAGGCGGCUCUGCUCGGGCUCUAUGUUCUGGACUGUAACGCGCAGUAUAUCAUGCUGGAGAUGAUUACCCCCCACCCCAGCAAUGCGAUCAGUCUUCAACCCCAGCCGAUCAGUGUCAAGGUAUCCACUGAGCAGAUUACGCAUAUUCAAUUGCACGACAAUGAUGCCACACCUACCUCGGCAACAUUCGACAUGCAAGAACGGCUCUUGCGCGAACGGCAAACCUGGGAAGACGCUGCCGAGAGAAAGAAAGGAAGAGGAAUUAUUGGACCUUUCGAUUCGAUUGUUUAG